ACUUCCUGUUGCUGAAAAUUUCAGUUUCUGUUUGGUGACACUACUUUUUGACGUAGCCCAAAGGGACCCUACGUUAAGGGUACAGGUUCUGGAGGCUAUACUGGAUGUCAUGGAGGUUCUGCUGGGGAUGUGUCUAGCGCCUCAGACUCAGGAUAAAGAAAACCUGUGCAGGUAUGCAGUGCCUUGCUUGAUUGGAAUUGGUAGAGCAUUUGGACGUUACAGUAACGCAGACGAAUCUCUUCUUUCAAAACUGUUUCCGAAAAUAACACCGCAAUCACUUAAAGCUCCACAUGAGAUGGAUGGACUGAGACGGCGUUCUUUCAAUGAUUUUCGAUCAAUCCUACCCAGCUCCCUUCUGACUGCCUGCCAGUCGUGUGAUAGUUUACGGCACAAAACCUGCAGUGUGUCCAGCGUUUCCCAGGCAAGCCCUGAACGCACAACUGCAGCUCCUUGUUCACCUGGAGGGACCAAUUUGCACUAUUUUGAAGGUUCAUAUCUCCCUGAUGGCAGUACCGUGGAUCCUCAAUAUUACUUUUCUACUAUUAGCUCAAGUUUUUCUGUCUCCCCACUGUUCACUGGCUGCAGUACAAAAGAAUUUCAUAUUCCACUAGAAUACCUCCGACAGCUACUCCAAAUGGUUAAAAGGAUUGUGGCUGAAUCAGUUUUGAAAACACUGGAUGCAAUAUUGGCAGAGGUUAUUGAGGCAAAUGCCAAUUUGGAUCUGUACUAUCGAAACUUCAGUGACCCUCUUUAUGUGGUGGUGUUUAAAAUGUUGAGAGACACUUUGUAUCACAUGAAGGCUUUCACCAGUUUUGUCCUCACAGAUCUCCAGACUGCAUUUGUGAAGGAGGUUCAUGAUUUUGUCCUCGAGCAGUUUAACAGUAGCCAGUCUGAACUGCAGAAGAUCCUGCAUGAUACGGAGUAUAUCCAUCAUGAGUUUAACCCUCUGAAACUCAGGUGUCAAGCAAAUGCAGCAUGUGUGGAUUUAAUGGUGUGGGCUGUUAAGGACGAGCAAGGUGCAGAAAAUCUCUGCUCAAAGCUUUCAGAGAAUUUGCAGUCAAAGACAUCCAGUAAGAUAAUUCUGUCACACAUGCCUCUGCUGAUUUGUUGUCUACAGGGUCUGGGACAUUUGUGUGAACGAUUCCCUGUCGCAGUUCAUUCUGUCACAGCAUCACUGAGAGAUUUUUUGGUGAUCCCUUCACCAGUACUCGUCAAGGUGUACAAAUACCACAGUCAGUACAAUUCAGGAGGUUCUGACAUCAAGAUAAGUGUAACAAAUGAGCACUCCGAGGCAACUGUGUUAUCAUCAAAGAAAAACCAGCCAUCUAUGUAUGAACAGCUGAGGGACAUUGCUAUAGACAAUAUCUGCCGGUGCCUUAAGGCAGGAUCAGUUGCAGACCCAGAGAUUGUGGAAGCAUUCUUAGCUAGUCUAUCCAAUCGUCUGUAUAUAUCCCAAGAGAAUGAUAAGGAUGCCCAUUUGAUUCCUGACCACACAAUCCGUGCCCUCGGUCACAUUGCUGUGGCAAUGAGAGACACGCCAAAGGUGAUGGAACCAAUUCUGCAAAUCCUGCAGCAGAAAUUCUGCCAGCCUCCAUCUCAGCUGGAUGUUCUUAUUAUCGAUCAAUUGGGCUGCAUGGUCAUCACAGGGAAUCAAUAUAUUUAUCAGGAAGUCUGGAACCUCUUUCAACAAAUCAGUGUGAAAGCCAGUUCAGUUGUUUACUCAGCAACUAAAGACCACAAAGAUCAUGGCUAUAGGCACUGUUCCCUGGCAGUUAUCAAUGCCCUCGCUAACAUAGCAGCUAACCUGCAGGGGGAGCAACUGGUUGAUGAACUUCUUGUGAAUUUGCUGGAGCUUUUUGUACAGCUUGGUUUAGAAGGGAAACGAGCAAGUGAAAGAGCAAGUGAGAAAGGACCUGCUUUAAAGGCUUCAAGUAGUGCGGGUAACUUGGGAGUUCUUAUACCAGUCAUAGCAGUGCUGACAAGACGGCUCCCUCUGAUCAAAGAUGCGAAACCCAGGCUUCAGAAGCUGUUCCGAGACUUCUGGCUCUACUCAGUCGUAAUGGGCUUUGCUGUGGAGGGCUCAGGCCUUUGGCCAGAGGAGUGGUAUGAGGGGGUGUGUGAAAUAGCCACCAAGUCUCCGCUGCUAACCUUUCCUGGAGGAGAGCCAUUACGUUCGGAGCUGCAGUAUAACUCUGCCCUGAAGAAUGACACGGUUUCUCCGGCUGAACUGAAUGAAUUGAGAAGCACCAUCAUAAACCUCCUGGAUCCUCCUCCAGAAGUCUCUGCUCUCAUUAACAAAUUGGAUUUUGCAAUGUCUACCUAUCUGCUCUCUGUAUACCGUUUGGAGUAUAUGAGGGUAUCCCGCUCUACAGACCAGGACCGUUUUCAAGUCAUGUUUCGAUAUUUGGAAGACAAAGCUAUUCAGAAGGAUAAAGCAGGAAUGAUGCAAUGUGUGAUUGCAGUAGCCGAUAAAGUGUUUGAUGUUUUCCUCUCUGUUAUGGCAGACAAGCCCAAAACGAAAGAAAAUGAGGAAGAACUGGAGAAACAUGCCCAAUUCCUGUUGGUGAAUUUCAACCAUAUUCACAAGAGGAUUCGAAGGGUUGCUGACAAGUUCUUGUCUGGCUUGGUAGAUAAAUUCCCACAUUUGUUAUGGAGUGGUACUGUACUAAAAACUAUGCUGGAUAUUCUUCAGACUCUUUCUCUCUCCCUCAGUGCGGACAUCCACAAGGAUCAGCCUUAUUAUGAUAUACUCGAUACCCCUUACAGAAUUACUGUUCCUGAUACCUACGAAGCAAGAGAGAGCAUUGUUCGAGAUUUUGCAGCUCGUUGUGGUGGCAUCCUUCAGGAGGCAAUGAAAUGGGCUCCAUCCGUUACCAAGUCCCAUCUUCAGGAAUAUCUGAAUAAGCAUCAGAAUUGGGUGUCAGGCUUGUCUCAGCACACUGGCCUUGCUAUGGCAACUGAAAGUAUCUUGAACUUUGCGAGUUACAACAGACAGAACACGACUUUGGGGGCGACUCAGCUAACUGAAAGACCUGCUUGUGUGAAGAAGGACUAUUCUAGCUUUAUGUCUUCACUCAAUCUACGCAAUCGCUCUGCAGGAGAGGUUGCAGGCAUGAUACGUUUCUCUGAAGCAACUGGUCAACAGCAGUCUUACCUGAACAAAGUUAUGAUUAAAAAGCUUAAUGAUGCCCUGGAAUCAGCUGAGAGUGAGGCUUACACACAAUCCAUGUUCAACCUUACUGCUUUGCUUAUCAGCAGCAAAGUUUGUGAUCCUCAACUCCUUCAUCAUCUGUGCUGGGCUCCUCUGCGCAUGUUUACGGCAUUGGGCAUGGAAACCGCUGUAGCUUGUUGGGAAUGGCUGCUGGCUGCAAAGAAUGGCAUAGAGGUUCCAUUUAUGCGGGAAAUGGUUGGAGCAUGGCAGAUGACAGUGCAACAGAAGAUUGGUCUUUUCUCAGAAGAGAAUAAAGAAGCUGAUCCUUUGGCAGCUUCAGAGGAGAGUCAGCCCAAGCCCUGUCCACCAGAAGUUACACCCCACCACAUCUGGAUAGAGUUCCUGGUGCAAAGGUUUGAGAUUGCCAAGUAUUGCAGUGCAGACCAAGUGGAGAUCUUUGGCAGUUUGCUCCAACGUUCUCUGUCCUUAAAUGUUGGAGGCUCCAAAGGAAGUUUGAACAGACACGUGGCUGCCAUUGGGCCAAGAUUUAAGUUACUGACUCUUGGUCUUGCAUUGUUGCAUGCUGAUGUUAUUUCCAAUGCCACAAUUCGAAAUGUGCUGAGAGAAAAGGUCUAUUCCACUGCCUUUGACUAUUUCAGUGUUGCACCGAAGUGUCCAACACAAGAGGAGAAGAGACUGCGUGAAGAUAUCAGCAUUAUGAUCAAGUUUUGGACAGCCAUGUUCUCCGAUAAGAAGUACCUCAAUGCAAACCAACUUGUCCCUCCCGACAACCAGGAUCCCUCUGUGAAUAACCUGUCUGUUAUAACUGUGGCUGAUUCGCGGAACAAUCUUGAUGUUGCUGUUGGAACACGACAGCAAGCUACACAAGGCUGGAUCAAUACCUACCCACUGUCCAGUGGAAUGUCAACUAUCUCCAAAAAAUCAGGCAUGUCAAAGAAGACUAAUCGAGGUACUCAGUUGCACAAGUACUACAUGAAAAGGCGGACACUGCUGUUGUCUUUACUGGCAAAUGAAAUCGAACGACUCACCACAUGGUAUAACCCCCUGUCGUCCCCCGAGUUGGCAUUGGACCAGGCUGGAGAACUCAGCGUAGCAAAUUGGCGGUCGAAGUACAUCAGUCUGAAUGAAAAGCAGUGGAAAGAUAAUGUAAAUCUGGCCUGGAGCAUCUCACCUUACUUGGCAAUAGAGCUGCCUUCCAGGUAA